AUGGGCUUCCUGGAGAACUACCAGGAGAUCGACCCGGUCACGCUGAAUCUCUGCAUCCUGAUCGCCAGCUACGUCAUCCUGCUGCUGGUCUUCCUCAUCUCGUGUAUCAUGUACGACUGCCGCGGCAAGGACCCCACCAAGGAGUACGCCCCCGACCCCCAGCCCAGCCAGUCCCCCAUUCGCCUGGUGGUCAUGCAGAGCUCUCCGGCCCCCGUGGGGCGCUGGGACACGGCCAGCAUGAUCACCACCUACCACGAGCCCUCGCACGCCGACUUCAGGGAGAAGAAGAGCACCAUGGUCUGAGGAGUACGGGAACAGACAAGUUC